AUGGAAUCACAUGAACACAGCCAGUCAUCUUUGUUAAUAGUGGAUAAAAAGCAUCCCUACUUUUACUUCAGACUUCAGUUGACAAUAGAUGAUGAAAAUGUUAAUGAAUUAACACACACACAGUACAAAUACUUAAUUAUGCAAGCUGUUACAGAAACUUUAGGGCAGAUAGGUGCUGCCACAACUGUUGAUCUUAUAAGAGUUAUGGACAGUGGCAUGGCUUUGGUUAGAGUUCCAAGCAGUAAAGCUGAGAAGAUUUGGGCAUCACUGACACUUUACGGGACAACUCCAGCGAAGAGAAGAUGUGCAUUUAGAGUUCUCCAGGCUUCUCCAUUUCUUAUGUGUCUUGCAUUUAACUCAAGAGCUAUGACCGAAGGUGACGCGUUCAUAUCCAUCAGGUUCGUGACCUUUCAUAACCCCAGGGGACUUGGCAGUAAUGGUCACUGUUGUGAUGGGAAGUGGGGCAUGUGUCCCACCGCUUGUGAUCACAGCUUUGAGAUUUGUUUGGAUCAGAUGGACGGUACCGUUGGGAACUAUAAAAAAUGCGCCUACGCAUCGGCGAAUUCUGGGGAAAUCAGCAACGUCAACGCCAUCACUUUUGGUAGCAAAAUUGGACGUCUGGCAAAUCCCAUCGUCUGGCGACUUGGCUUUUGGCCGGGCAGUGUUCUUCUCAAGAUCAACGUGGUGGACGUCGAUGACUCAAAUAACGACGAUCACGUGGCCUAUCUCUAUAGGCAGCUCAGUAUACAACCCUUGGCCAACCCCGAGGAAACAAAUUUCUGGUUGACGAACCGUGUUAGCUUGAACAUUGCGGUACGUGUGUAUUGUGGAAGGAAUUUCUAUGGCCUGAACUGCAGUGUGUACUGUGUUCCUAACGAUGACCGAAACGGGCAUUACACGUGUGAUCAACGCACUGGGGCGAAAAUAUGUAAUCUAGGCUGGGUAGGAAGUAGCUGUAGCAUCAACAAGGACGACUGCGUGGGCGAGGUUUGCCAGAACGGCGGGACGUGCCACGAUCUGCUCAAUGAUUUCACCUGCACCUGUCCCCCGGGGUACCAGGGUCGCUACUGCCAGGCUGACGUCAACGAGUGUCUGGUGUACGGCCGGUGUCGCUAUGGCGACUGCGUCAAUUUACCUGGCACAUUCAAAUGCAGUUGCCAUCUUGGCUACGAGGGACCCAAGUGCGACAUCAACAUAGACGACUGCGCAAACAGCCCUUGUCGAAACGGGGCCACUUGUACCGACGGCAUCGGCAACUAUACUUGCCAGUGUGCCGUGGGCUACAUAGGCCAAGACUGUGCAGACGACUUGAACGAGUGCAGCUUCCACCCCUGUGAAAACAACGCCACCUGCCUCAACUUUGUCGGCUCGUACAAGUGCGACUGCCUGCCCGGCUACAGCGGCAGCGACUGUUCCCAGGACGUCAACGAGUGUCUGAGGGUGCCGUGUCAAAAUGGCGGUCAGUGCAGCAACUUGCUGGGAGGGUAUAAGUGUCAAUGCCCCGGAGGAUUUGAAGGUCUGCACUGUGAAACUGACAUUGACGAAUGUGCCGUGUCCAACACUACUUGCCUAAACGAGGGGACGUGCAACAAUACGGUUGGGGGAUACGUCUGCCAGUGUCUGGAGGGUUACAGUGGUCGUUGGUGCCAGACGGAUGUGGAUGAGUGCCUGGAUCAGCCAUGCAUGAAUGGCGCCACCUGUCUCAACGUUCCUGGAAAUUUUAAUUGCGUUUGUCGCAGGGGAUUCGCAGGAAAAUACUGCAAGGACGAUAUCAACGAAUGCGACAGCGGAGUCUGUCAAAAUGGCGGCAGCUGUCUGAACCUGCCGGGCGGGUACCACUGUACCUGCACGGACUUCUGGGAAGGAUUAAACUGUCAGACAAACGUCAACGAGUGUCUCACCAACCCUUGUAAAAACGGACACUGUCAAGAUGAGAUCGACGGAUACCGCUGUGUCUGUCCUUCUGGUUUUAUCGGGCGUCAUUGCGAGACGGAUGUGAACGAGUGUGAGGUGGAGGGGGAAUAUUGUUUGAAUAACGCAACGUGCGUGAACAGUGUUGGGAGUUAUAGUUGUAUUUGUGAGGAAGGAUGGGGAAAUGAAAGCUGCGGGGAGGACAUUGAUGAAUGUGUUACCUUGAAGUGUAACAACUGGGGGAGGUGUACCAAUACACCGGGUGGCUUCACCUGUGAUUGUAUGAUCAACUGGACAGGGCGGAGAUGUGAAGAAGACGUGGACGAGUGUGUUGGGGAUAAGCAAAUUUGCAGGAACGGAGCGACGUGUGUUAACCUGUACGGGACAUUCAACUGCGUGUGCCCUCCUGGAUGGACUGGGGUUCAGUGCGAUGAGGAUAUAGACGAGUGCCUGAUCAAUCCUGAUAUCUGCUCCUUCCGAGAAGUUUCCAUUCCAUUUUACUUGGACUGUAAUAUAACCGACACAAUGAACUGGACGGUGAGUAAAGGACUUGAAAAACUCUUCAAGGAUUCCAUGUUGUACAAUGGGACAAUCGAAGCAAGCUACAAAUCUCAGAUGGAAACAUCGAAAGAUGGGAAAAUCAUCACUGCCAUUUAUCCGGACAUCCAAGUGAGUGGUGAGGAACUGGAGGAGCAUGAAGUCAGCUACAUCCUGAACAGGUUCAAAUCCAAGCUGGAACAUUACAUGUACUGUCCACUGUUUCUUGACGCGGUGGCUGAGAAAGUCCAUUUUGUCGAACCUCCUCUGAACUACAGUAUAGAGAACUGGUACCCUGCCUUGAUAGCUGCGUGUGGACUAUUGGCUAUUGGCUUGGUUGCCAUGAUCAUUGUUAAAAAUUGCAAAUCCAACCGGGAUGGCAGCGUGAAAUACGAUGCCAACCUGAAGCAACCCAUGUCCUACAGGAACGAACUGUACCUGGAGGACACCAGCGCACAGGGACAACCCAAUGAUGAAACCAGUUCUGGUGAUUUCUUUCACCCAUCUGACCAGUCCACGUCGUUUGUGACGUUUUCUUCAAAGGCUGAAAUGAAGAGAACCGUCUCUUAUGAAGAUGUGCAGGGAAGUCAGUCAGUGGAGAGAGAAUCUAAAAAUACCUCCAUCAGUAGUGUAUCCAUUUAUGACCGACCCAGACACACAACCGAUUUUUCCACCGGAGAUCUAACUUCAGAAAGUGAUACCAAACAGAAGUCCGUAAACUACAGCGUCCAGCAUCUGAUAUAUCAACGGCCGACAGGAAAUACAAAAAUAUUAUCGUUCCCUUUUCAAAGAGAGGAGGACAACAGCAGUGCAAGAAAGUCAAAAGAAGACAUGUACAUGGACAUGGACAAGGGUGACUCGACAACUCAUCAGGAUGUGUUGGGCAAAGUGGGAGUGGGGGCAUUGGGGGAUUGUGAAACGACAAGUCGUCCGGAUGUGUCCAGCAGAGAGGAAGUGGGGACACCCACACGGAAAAAGAUUUUGCCUGACGCGGAAUAUGAAAAGAGAUACAAAUAUUUACCGUACAUUGAUGAUCCGCCGUUUCAUGAGUCUAGGCUGAACGCAGUUUUUACCCAGAAGCUUUGA